GCGGCUCGUGUCCCGGACACUCCCCGAAACCGUCUGAGGCCGCCGGGUACGAUAGGCUGGACGGGGGCGGGGAAGGAGAGCGGCCUUCGACUGCCGCCCGAGUAAUUGACCCAGAACUAAAUUUCAGGAAAACAGCUUCUUUCAAAAUGAUGAAAUGAGGAAUCUGAACAUUUUGUAUUUGGAUGGCAGUCUUCUGAGAACAUAAAGAUUAAUCCGAGAACAUAAAGAUUAAUCCAAGCCAUGUGGUAAAAUCAGGAAUUUGAAGAAAAUGGAGAUGUUUACAUUUUUGUUGUCGUGUAUUUUUCUGCCCCUCACAAGAGGGCACAGUCUCUUCACCUGUGAACCAAUUACUGUUCCCAGGUGUAUGAAAAUGGCCUACAAUAUGACAUUUUUCCCUAAUCUGAUGGGUCAUUAUGACCAGGGUACUGCUGCUAAGGUAAUGGAGCAUUUUCUUCCUCUUGCAAAUCUGGAAUGUUCACCAAAUGUUGAAACUUUCCUUUGUAAAGCUUUUGUACCAAGCUGCACAGAACAAAUUCAUGUGGUUCCACCUUGCCGUAAAUUUUGUGAGAAAGUAUAUUCUGAUUGUAAAAAAAUAAUUGACACUUUUGACAUCCAAUGGCCUGAGGAACUUGAAUGUAACAGAUUACAGUACUGUGAUGAGACAGUUCCUGCAACUUCUGGUCUACCCACAAAGCUUGACCCUCAGAAGAAAACAGAACAAGUCCAAAGAGACAUUGGAUUUUGGUGUCCAAGACAUCUCAAGACCUCUGGGGAACAAGGCUAUAAGUUUCUGGGCCUUGACCAUUGUGCACCUCCAUGUCCCAACAUGUAUUUUAAAAGUGAUGAGCUAGAGUUUGCAAAAAGUUUUAUCGGGAUCGUUUCAAUAUUCUGUCUUUGUGCAACUCUGUUCACAUUUCUGACUUUUUUAAUUGAUGUUAAAAGGUUUAGAUACCCGGAGAGACCAAUUAUAUAUUACUCUGUCUGUUACAGCAUUGUAUCUCUUAUGUACUUUACUGGCUUUUUGCUCGGCAAUAGCACAGCCUGUAAUAAGGCAGAUGAGAAGCUAGAACUUGGUGACACAGUUAUUCUAGGCUCUCAGAAUAAGGCUUGCACUGUUUUGUUUAUGUUUUUGUAUUUUUUCACAAUGGCCGGCACUGUGUGGUGGGUGAUUCUUACCAUUACUUGGUUCUUAGCUGCAGGAAGAAAAUGGAGUUGUGAAGCCAUUGAACAAACAGCAGUGUGGUUCCAUGCUGUCGCGUGGGGAAUACCAGGUUUUCUAACUGUUAUGCUUCUUGCUAUGAACAAAGUUGAAGGAGACAAUAUCAGUGGAGUUUGCUUUGUUGGCCUUUAUGACCUGGAUGCUUCUCGCUAUUUUGUACUCUUGCCACUGUGUCUUUGUGUGUUUGUUGGGCUGUCUCUUCUUUUAGCUGGAAUUGUUUCUUUAAAUCAUGUUCGACAAGUUAUACAACAUGAUGGCCGAAACCAAGAGAAACUAAAGAAAUUUAUGAUUCGGAUUGGAGUCUUCAGUGGCCUGUAUCUUGUACCAUUAGUGACACUUCUUGGAUGUUAUGUCUACGAGCAAGUGAAUAGAAUUACCUGGGAGAUAACUUGGGUUUCUGAUCAUUGUCGUCAGUACCAUAUCCCAUGCCCUUAUCAGGCAAAAACAACAGCUCGACCGGAAUUGGCUUUGUUUAUGAUAAAAUAUCUGAUGACAUUAAUCGUUGGUAUCUCUGCUGUCUUCUGGGUUGGAAGCAAAAAGACAUGCACAGAAUGGGCUGGGUUUUUUAAACGAAAUCACAAGAGAGAUCCAAUCAGUGAAAGUCGAAGAGUGCUACAGGAGUCAUGUGAGUUUUUCUUAAAGCACAAUUCUAAAGUUAAACACAAAAAGAAGCACUACAAACCAACUUCACAUAAGCUGAAAGUCAUUUCCAAAUCCAUGGGAACCAGCACAGGAGCUACAGCAAAUCAUGGCACUUCUACAGUAGCAGUCACUAACCACGAUUACUUAGGACAAGAAACUUUUACAGAAAUCCAAACCUCACUAGAAACGUCAGUGAGAGACAUGGGAGCAGAUGGGGCAAGCACGCCCAAAUUAAGAGAACAGGACUGUGGUGAACCUUCCUCCCCAGUACCAUCCAGCUCCAAACUCUCUGGGGAGCAGGCCAACAGAAAAGGCAAGGCAGCGAAUGUGAAUGAUAAGAGCAGUGCAUCUGAAUGUGUGCGGAGUGAAGGAAGGGUAAGUCCAAAAAGUGAUUUUACUGAAACUGUCCCAGUGCAGACCAACAACUUGCAGGUGCCCAGUUCUUCCCAGCCCAGCAGCCUCAAAGGUUCCACAUCACUGCUUGUUCACUCGGUUUCAGGAGUUAGAAAAGAGCAGGGUGCGGGCAGUCACCCAGAUGGUUCAAACACAGUUUAUCCCGCUGCUUAGAAGGGGACUCAUGUUACACUGGAAGUGACCGAUGCACUGUCUUACAAGAUUCACUGUUACAUUCUUAUUUUGCACUUGAAGCUACAUUCCUGCUGUUACACUGGAAGAAAAAUAGAUUUCAAGGAUAACAUGAUUCAUUUCACAGACAGGUUAAUGACAGCAGUAUACCUGAAAAAUAGAAAUGUGCAUGUUAAUAAUAUGUUUUAAAUCAUGCAGGAGAGAUUUAGAAGGAAUCUUCUUUUUCUAUUUAUGAAGAUUCUACUCUUGUUAAAAGUAUUUUAAGAUGCACUAUGCUAUUUCACUGUAAUGAUUAAAAAAAUCAAGAUUUUUCUUUGCUGAAAUAUUGACAACUUAUCUUUGUAUUUUUUUAUAUAUUUGAAAAUAAGUUUAUAUGUAUUUGAACUUUUUUUAGAAAUACUGGAAAUUAUUUUAUUAUCAUUCUGAUAUUUUAGCACUACUUUGGUAGCUUUUACACUGAAUUUCCAAGAAAAUUGAAAAAUAGUAUUCUUUUAUAAUAUAAAAAAUAGUUGACACACCAGAAGGUGUUAUGAUGGCAAUUCAACUUAAAAAAAAAGAACACUUAUUCUACCUUUAAGUCUUAUUGUGUGAAUUUUAUAAUAUCUCAUUAUUUUAGAAAUCUCAAAGAUCUAUUAUUACAUAACUGAAAUAAGGUGCUUACUUCAGGUGUCCAGUGUUGAUUGUAUUAUGCUGCUCACUGACCCUUCUGCAUUUUUUUUAAUAUAAUGUCCUGAAGGAUUAGUAGAUGAAAUGUUAGUCUUUCAUAAACUAAGCUUAGUGCAAUUGAUUUCUUCUUUUUUAAUGGUUCAUGACAACCCGAGAUUGUAUUACGACCAUUUACAGUUUGCUUAUACUUAUACUUUUUUUUUUUAACUUUUGUUUUUAACAUUACAAAUAGUAUAAAUACUUUGUACAGUAUCUUUCCCAGACAUUAUGUAG